UGAAGGUACGUUGGGUCAUCCUAAACGUCUCCGUAGUCCGUCCCCGUGGUUAACAUAUUGAAAAGAGGAGGAGGAAUUGAUUGAGAUAAUUAAGUUAAGUUCCAUUAAUUUCCCCAAAUCUAAAACUUCCGCCGCCUCUCGCUCUCCUUCUCCCUCUCAUCUUCGAAGCACUGCCUCGGCCACCCGGCUCCUCAUCUUCGAAGCCCUGCCUCGGCCACUCGACGCCGUCGUCGGCGCCGCGCCAACCACCUCCAGCCUUUCCCGUUCCGGACGGUGGGAUACGGUCGGCUGCGGUGGGCCGUCGCCGGAGAGCUGAGACGUUGUCGGAGCGCCGAUCUUCCGCCUCUCCUUCCCUUCCUCGCGCACGCCCGCGGCGUUGUUGCCGUAGCAACCGCCCGACCACCGGCGCCACAGCUCCGGCCACUCGAGCAGCCGACGCCGGUGCCGCAAUCCUCUCCUCCGGCCGUGUUUGUUGCGGCUGAGAGCCGUCGCGCGUCCCACGACUGUGCCAUGAGCAACGGCUGUAGCUGUCGCUGUUGACGCUAUUGUUGUGGUCACCAGCAGCCCGACCGACUACACCACAGCCGCCGAAGAAGAAGGAGAAGAGAGAUAACAGUUUCGAGAUCGAAGUAGACCCUGACUUAAAGAUGGUUAGGACAUUCUAUGUUUAGAGGGUGUAAAAGUUCAAUCUUCUCUACAGCCGCUCACAUCUGUCACCAUCAUUAUUGCCAUCACAAAGAUGAAAUGGGAUCCUGCGAAGGGUUCUGCCAUCAACCCUACCCACUCGGAUUACAUUCAGCUUGAGCCACCAUGCAGCAAGAGCUCUCUUGUGGUUGCUUCAGUUGAUCCUGAUCAACAAUGGACGAUGGAUGAUUUUGUAGCAGGGCUCCAAGCAUUAGAGCUGAAGCUUGGAUUUUCAUCUUCUAAGAUACCAUCACCUCUAAAGCAGUUUGAAAGAGUAUUACUGCAAGAAAGUGAAAUGCACAUGUUGGAUAAGACGAGGUGUGAAAGUGACCAGGUAGUUGGGUGGAGGAUGACUUGUCCUGAUUUUGAUUCAAGUGACUUUGAAGGAUCUGUUGAUGAUUUGUCAUUUGAAACAACUAAAUCUUAUGCCAUGGACAAACAAAACCUUGAAAAAAGCAUCUUUUUGGAGCUUGAACGGCAGAGUCAGCUAAGACUUAAGGAGGAACUUAGGUCCAAGUUAGCGGACUUGGUUGCAUCUCAGAGAAGUGAAAUCAACAGAUCAGCUUCUGCCAUGACCCAGAUUUCAAAAUAUGUAGAAGUAAAACAGGAGAUGGAUAGAAAGCUCGACAAACAAUAUCAAAGAAAAAUUGCUGAAAUGCUUGAUAGUCACUUGUCUGCUGUUCAAAGGGAUCAUGAACAAAGAUCCCUAAUUGAAGAAAGGAGAUUAAGGGAUGAUGCUGCUUUUGAAGAAGCCAAAAAAAGGGGCCUUAUUGAAGAAAAACAUCGCCGAGAAAAAGUUAAAGCAGAAGCUGAGGCAAAACUGAAGGCUGCAAAACUGGCUGAAGAAGCAGAAAGGACAACUAUGGAGGCUGCUCAAAGAGCAGCCAAAGAAUCUGCUGAAACAGAAACUGUCAGUAUUAGGGAAGCUGCUGCUUCUGAAGAUGCAAGAAAGAAAUCUACGGACGAUGAUAAUACAAAUACAAAGGACACAGCUUCACUUCCAAAAAUGCCAAAAGAGCCACUGCUGACAGAUGGGAUCAAGGUUUUGGCAACUGAUGCUGCACUGAAAGCAGAGAUCAAAAGACUAAAAAUUUAUAAUGAAGUGAUUGAGAACCCCAAUCUUCCUUCUCAGAAGGAACUUGAUAGACGUGGGAGGCAGAUCUCUAAAAUCCUAAAGCAAUUAACUGGAACUGUAGAGAAUGUCAGAACAAAAAAAGAUGCACUUGUUAACAUUCUCUCGACGGAUAUUCCAGGCUGUCCCAGCUCCAUUUCUGCAAUUAUGUUUGCAAAACAGGUGAUUGCAUGGUGCGAAGACUCAACUGGAACUUUUGACAGCACUGUUUUUGCAUGUGGGCGUGUCAUUCUUUUAGUUACAUCAAAGAUUCCAGAUGUGAUGGAUUUUCUGGUGGCUGAGUUUCAUAAAGUUUGCAUCUAUACCGUUCCAAAAUAUUUGCAACCAUCAGACCAAGCAUCACAGAACGAUGACUACUGGAAGAUGAUUGGUUACCAUGAAAAAGACGGAAAAAUCGAAAGCUCCGAGAGUUACCUGAACCGAGUCCAAUCCUAUAUGAAGCUUUAUGCUGCCAUAAUUCAGACAGAGAUUGAGGGUAUCAGAAAUCCUCAUGGCUUAGGAAAAGGAUGGUCGUGGCUUGCGAGGUUUCUGAAUGCCUUGCCCGCAAACAAAUCCACGGCUUAUGCUUUGGAAGCUUUCUUGAAGAUGGCAGGCUUUGCUUUGUACAGGAAAUACAAAUAUCAAUUCAAGAAGAUGCUUGAUGUUAUUUCUCGAAGCUAUUUGCCUGCGGUCAGACUCAAGGAAAAAGGAGAUAGGAAGAUUGUUGAAGUCGUCAAAAAACUAGAACAAUAUUUAGAACAUGAAAUGUUUCGAAAGGAACCUGAUGGAUGGCGUCUCCAUGAUGGCUUGUUGUCAAAGGAGUUGGUGUAACGUUGAACUGUUUUGUAUCAGUCAUUUAACAUUUCAUUGUAACAGCCCAAUUUCAUUCUAGUAUAUUUAUUUUAAUUAUGAUAUGGCCACUUGACUUCUUUAUGAACUACUUGUUAGGCACAACAGAUUGUCACAGAGACAGAAAGCUAAUUCAGAUAUUAACAUAAUUAAUUUGAAGCAUUCUAA